AUGGGGGAGAGGGAGCAGGAGCAUGGGGAGAUCCGCCAUGUCAGGCGACGAGUCCCAACCAAGAGGUUUGCUGAGUCCUACCUGCGGCACAGCAUGCACUCCAUAUUCGACUCUCGUGCGGAUCGCGUCCAGGAGCAUGCGGCUGAGCCGAGGGAGGGGAGGAGCAACGGUGAGGCAGUCAACCCUCCUCGUCCUUCUCGUUUGCAGAACGGGAGCAUGUCUGGUCAGCCAAUCGAUGCUCGUGACCCGCCAGGAGCAGGUAAAGAGCUCUCCAAUCAGAACUCGUCCCAGGUAGACUCCUUGAGAACAGCAGGAGCAGGAGCAGGAGCAGGAGCAGGAGCAGGAGCAGGAGCAGGAGCAGGAGCAGGAGCAGGAGCAGGAGCAGGAGCAGGAGCAGGAGCAGGGUCCUCUGUGCGUGAACAGCGGGAUCUUGUCAGCGAAGGUGCGCUAGGAGGGGAUGGGAUGGUCAAACAUGCAUCAACGGAGAAGAUCUUACAAGCUGACGGAUGCGAGGAGAAGGGAGAGACCAAGGCGACGGGAGGGGAGCAGGUGAACUGCAGGGAGGUCAGGGACGCUGGCAACAACGCGCAGCCCAAGAGCGGGAAGGAGGGGGACAAGAAUGAAGCACCGGAGACUUCACCAGCAACUUUCGCUCUCAGCUCGAAGGCCCGUGAGAGGGUGGAGGAGGGGGAGAUAGCUGAGGGGAGCCCUACGCUUGCUCCUGCACCGCUGGCCCAUGUCACCCUGGAGGAGAGCAGGAAGAGAGAUGCGGGAGCAAAGGACACGGAGCAGGAGGACAAGCCCGAUAGUGUCAACGACGAGGAGCUUGGGAUCAAGAACCCUGUGAAGGGCACCGAGAGGAGGAGGAGGAUGGAGGAGAUCGGGAGCCCGAGGAGGAGGAGGAGGGCAGCGAUCGAGGGGGACAUGCGGAGGGGAAUCAACCUUUUGAGGUUUGAGCUGAAGAGCAAGGGGAAGAAGAACGUGAGUCAGGAGAUGAGGGAGAAGACGCCGAGGACGAGCAUGAGGAUGCGGGUGGUGAAGCAGACGACCUUCUUCAAGCCCGAGUCGAGGAAGUGUCAGCCCUCGGGGAAGGGAAAGAGAGGCCGGCCAAGGAAGUACCAUGUAGAGGAGGAGGACGAAGACGAGGGGGAGGGACAGACAGCAGGAAGAAGCAGGAGGAAGGAUGGUGAAGGGAAGUCAAACAAGAGAUCAUGGCAUGCCAGGACGAAUCGCUCACACCAAGCAGCCGGCGGCGACAAUGAGGAGGAGGAGGAGGAGGAGGAGGAGGAGGAGGAGGCCCUUGCGCUAAGAACAAGACCUGCGCCAGGAUCAAACCGUCGGUCCCCCUGGUAA